AUGGCGGUGUGCGGGUCUGGCGGUGGUGCGGGGGGUGCGGGGGCGGUGGUGUAUGUGGACCGGAGGGCGGUGCUGGCGGCCCCCGGCGCCCCCCUGGGGCUGGGGGUGGGGGUGGGGGUCCCCCCUCUGCACGGGCUCCUGGGUCGCUUCCCGGGGUCCUACCCCCUGUCUCAGGGCUACAGCCUCCAUCCCUACCCCGACCUCAGGCACCUGGCCUGUCCCUAUGAGCUGAAGUCGGUUUAUCCGCAUGAGUUGAAGUCCAUUUAUCCGCAAGCCGCCAACCUCUCCUCCGCCGCUCUCUACUCUCCUUACCGGCCGGUGGCCCACGGGGACCCGGGGAGAGCCAAGAACGCCACCCGGGAGAGCACGAGCACCCUGAAAGCCUGGCUCAACGAGCAUCUGAAGAACCCCUACCCCACCAAGGGCGAGAAGAUCAUGUUGGCCAUAGUCACCAAGAUGACCCUGACCCAGGUCUCCACCUGGUUUGCAAACGCCCGGAGGCGCCUGAAGAAGGAGAACAAGAUGAGUUGGGUCCCCAAGAGCAAGUCGGACGCAGAGGAAAGCGAGAGCGAAGAGGAGGGGGAGAGAAGAGAGGAGGAGGAGGAGGAAGAGGAGGAGGAGGGAGAGGCGGAGGAGGUUGAGGACGAGGAGGUGGAGAUGAGAGGAGAUCAGAAGAACAAGGAUAAAAGAGACCAGGCACCCCCUCACCCGCUCGGCGGUUGUGAAGGUACCUUGGGUUUGGAGAGACCUUGCUGUGGACUCGAGGGCAAGGCUGGGGCGAGAGGCAGAGGACCCGAGGGUGAGGCCAGGACAAGGGACCAAGGGUCGGGCGAGAAGAUGGUGGCGAUGGAGAUGGGAUCGAACCCCUCACAGAAGCCCAAGAUCUGGUCAUUGGCGGAGACGGCGACCUCAGACACCGGGCAAAGCAAUCGGGGGUCAGUCGCUCAGCCCAAGCCCCUGCCCCCGGCCCCAGUGGGUCACUGUCAGGUCUGGACUGCUGGCUGUCUCAAAGGGGGGCAGUUCGUGUUGAACCACAACUCCAGGACCCAAUCCAAGCGGCAUUUCCCAGGUGCAGAUCAGUGAGGAAAAAAUCACUGAUUUUUGUUGAUCAGUGAUUUUUUUAUAAAAAAAAACAUUUAAUUAAAAAUCCACAAAAAGUCCCCCAGGGCGGUUUCCCAGCACUUUUUCACCCCCUUCCCCCCCCCCCCAAAUUGCCCUUAUGUUGCCCAGUGAACA